GUCCGCGUGCCAGAAUCGGGGGCUGCCGACACCCCUUUUCCGAUCAGCACUUUGCUGUUUCAAGCGGGGCGUCACGCCUUUAGCCUACCGUUGUCACGUUGGUUCGCUCUCCUUUGGUAGCACAUCUCCACGAACGGCAAGCAUUUGACAUGCUCUCCCAUCUGCAGAAUUCCAGAUUCCCCAUCGACCACAUGGGGGGAUGCUUUCGACCAUUCGAGAAGUCGGCGACGUCAGAAGUUGGGCGAAGCUACUUUGCCGUGACGAGGAUAGUAGCGACGACGCGGCAAAGAGGCACAGUCCCAACCACGUUGCUCAAUCUCCGCGCCGAGACGGAUUACUACACGGACCAGCACAGCCGAGCGAGUGCAAGCCAAGCUGAGCUCGAGGGACACGUGUUCUAGGGAGAUCCCCCAGUAUAUAGCAUAGCUUGCCAUGUUAAAAGUGCGAGCGUCCGUUGGUGAAGUGAAACGAAGGCCACUUCACCGUUACCUUUGCGCCUUUCAUGAAUGGGUAUGUACAUCCGUGAGAAUGAUGUGCGUGCUGGAGAUUCUCUAGUGAUAAACGAACUGACAAUAAUAAUUGCAUCGACGUGU